CUCCUUCGCCUUCUCCCCCACCCCCUGCUCCCCCUCCCGUCCCACCCCCCGCCGAUUCCUCCCUCGCCCCGCGCGCCGGCACGCAGAUUUAGGAAGCGAAUUCGCUCACGUUUGCGGACAAGGAAGAGAGAGGCGCGAGCGGAGAGCGCUGGCAGAUUCGGAGCGAGACCCAGACCCAGUCCGGACGCGCGGCGCGGAGCAAGGAGGAGCGGGCGGACGGACGGAAGCCGCGGCGCACUCCGAGUUUUGAUCGCGCUCGGAGGAGAGGGCCGCCGUCCGAUUGUUUUUGUGCUUUUUCCCCCCUUAAAGAAGAGAGACUUUUUUCCCUCCCACCCCUCCCUCCUCCUCCUCCUCCACCUCCUCCUCCUCCUCCCCCACCCCGGCUCCCCGGCGGCUCCCCCGUUCCCCAGCCGAGUCGAGCGCAGACUGCAGACGCCGGCCGCGAGCCACCAAAAUAAGGGGGUGUUGGGGGCGGGAGAAGAAGAAAAGGUUAAAAAAAAAAGGCGUCCUAGGAGAGCCGUUCGCCUUGGCAACAAAGAAGCAGAGAGAUUCCCCCCGAGCGGGGCUGCGGCCGUGCCUGUUUCCAGCUCACCGGGCCCGGGGCUCCUGCGCGGGCGGAGACCCCGCAGCCCUCUGGCCUCCGAAAGCGACUUCCAGGAGCGGCUUUUAAAAAACAAAUCGCCAGGAGCCGGGACUGUCCCUCCCCCUGCAGCGACGAUGUCUCUGAUUUUCUCGCCUGGCUCUCUUUAAAAGCACCGUGCCCGUCCCCAAAAGACACUUCUUGCUCCCACCCUGCCUCCCUCGGGGGUGCUCCUGUGGUGACUGAUUUCAUCUUUUUUCCUUUUUCUUGAAAAAAAAAUGUGCGACUGCUAAAAAAAAAAAGAAAGGAAAGAAGAAGGAACAAAAAUAAAACACCAAAGCAAAAACAAAAGCAAACCAAGCCAAGAGCAGCUGCGGACUUGCCCCGGCUGAAGCCCCGCGCCCGGCCGGCGGUGCAUGAGCCUCUCCAUGAGAGAUCCGGUUAUUCCUGGGACAAGCAUGGCCUACCACCCGUUCCUACCUCACCGGGCCCCGGACUUUGCCAUGAGCGCGGUGCUGGGCCACCAGCCGCCCUUCUUCCCCGCCUUGGCUCUGCCGCCCAACGGCGCCGCGGCGCUCUCGCUGCCGGGGGCCUUGGCCAAACCCAUCAUGGAUCAGUUGGUGGGCGCCGCGGAGAGCGGGAUGCCUUUCUCCUCGCUGGGGCCCCAGGCGCAUCUGCGGCCUCUCAAAACCAUGGAGCCCGAGGAGGAGGUGGAAGAUGACCCCAAAGUGCACCUGGAGGCCAAGGAACUUUGGGACCAGUUUCACAAACGGGGAACAGAGAUGGUGAUCACCAAGUCGGGAAGGCGAAUGUUUCCUCCGUUUAAAGUAAGGUGUUCUGGGCUUGAUAAAAAAGCCAAAUAUAUUCUGUUGAUGGACAUUAUAGCUGCUGAUGACUGUCGAUAUAAAUUUCACAAUUCCCGGUGGAUGGUAGCGGGUAAGGCUGAUCCUGAAAUGCCAAAGAGAAUGUAUAUUCACCCCGACAGCCCGGCUACUGGGGAACAGUGGAUGUCUAAAGUUGUCACUUUCCACAAACUGAAACUCACCAACAACAUUUCGGACAAACACGGAUUUACUUUGGCCUUCCCAAGCGAUCACGCAACGUGGCAGGGGAAUUAUAGUUUUGGUACUCAGACGAUCUUGAACUCGAUGCACAAAUACCAGCCCCGUUUCCACAUUGUCAGAGCCAAUGACAUCUUGAAACUCCCUUAUAGCACAUUUCGGACCUACUUGUUCCCAGAAACAGAGUUCAUCGCUGUGACCGCCUACCAGAACGACAAGAUAACUCAGUUAAAAAUAGACAACAACCCAUUUGCAAAAGGUUUCCGGGACACUGGAAAUGGCAGGAGAGAGAAAAGGAAGCAGCUGACCCUGCAGUCCAUGCGUGUGUUUGAGGACAGACACAAGAAGGAGAACGGCACCUCGGAUGAGUCUUCGAGCGAGCAGGCCUCCUUCAGCUGCUUCGCUCAGUCUCCUGCCGUGUCCACUGUGGGCACCUCCAACCUCAAAGAUCUGUGUCCCAGCGAGGGCGAGAGCGACCCCGAGGCCGACAGCAAGGAGGAGCCGGGCCCCGAGGCGUGCGACGCGGCCAAGAUCUCCACCACCACGUCGGAGGAGCCGGGCCGCGACAAGGGCAGCCCCGCGCGCAAGACGCACCUCUUCGCGGGGACCGAGGCGGGCGGCCGAUCCCGGGACGCGGGGCGGCUGGACAAGGCGUCGCCCGACUCGCGCCACAGCCCGGCCACCAUCUCGUCCAGCAUUUCGUCCAGCACCCGCGGCCUGGGCGCCGACGAGCGCCGCAGCCCGGCCGCGCCGUCCAAGGCCGAGGAGCCGCGCGCGCUGCCCGCCAAGGAGAUCUUCGCGCCGCUGUCGGCGCCCACGGACGCGGCCGCCGCGCACCUGGGCCAGAGCGCGCUGCCCGGCCUGGGCUUCGCCCCCGGCCUGGCCGGCCAGCAGUUCUUCAACGGGCACCCGCUCUUCCUGCACCCCGGCCAGUUCGCCAUGGGGGGCGCCUUCUCCAGCAUGGCAGCGGGCAUGGGCCCCCUGCUGGCCACCGUGUCCGGCGCGUCCACCGGCGGCGUCUCGGGCCUGGAUUCCUCGGCCAUGGCCUCGGGGGCGUCCGCGGCCACCCUGCCCUUCCACCUCCAGCAGCACGUCCUGGCCUCGCAGGGCCUGGCCAUGUCGCCGUUUGGAAGCCUGUUUCCUUACCCCUACACCUACAUGGCCGCGGCGGCCGCCGCCUCCUCCGCCGCAGCCUCCAGCCCGGUGCACCGACACCCCUUCCUCAGCCUGAACAGCAUGCGCCCGCGCCUACGCUACAGCCCCUACCCCAUGCCGCUGCCCGUGCCCGACGGCGGCGGCCUGCUGACCAUGGCAGCCGCCGCGGGCCCCCUGGACGCCAAGGCCGCCGCCCUGGCCGCCAGCCCGGCCGCGGUGGCGGUGGAGUCGGGCUCGGAACUCAACAGCCGCUCCUCCGCCCUGUCGUCCAGCUCCGUGUCCUUGUCGCCCAAACUCUGCCCCGACAAAGAGGCGGCCACGAGCGAGCUGCAGAGCAUCCAGAGGUUGGUCAGCGGCCUGGAGGCCAAGCCCGACCGCGCCCGCAGCGCUUCCCCGUAGAGGCCCGCCCGGCCUCGGGACGAGUCUCCAUUCCAGCCCAGUCUGCAGUGCACUUUGUCACCCCCGGCCGCCCCCUUCUGUGUGGCUCCCGCCUGGGGGCAGGGGGAAAGGGAGGGGCUGGGGCUGUUUUCCGGACCCCGUCGGGAGACCGGGAGCUAGAAACGGGCCAAUGUCUUGGCAGGUUCUGGACCGGGAUCUGACCCCGCGUUCUGGUGACACUGAGCUUCGGGGGUGGGGGUAAGAAUUGGAGGGGUUCAGGCAUUUCUGGGGGAGGGGAGAGUCCCCUCAGCCGGGCUACCGCCGCCUCCAAGGAGGAAAGUCUAGCCAGCCAGGGCCACCCAGAGGGCAGGGGUGAGCGCCCCCCCACCCGCCACCCCGCCUCAGCACAGAUUUCUAGAUAAGUAUCUUAUUUUCCCCCAUCACUGUGUCAAGUGGGAAGGAAAAAUAGAAUCAAAAGGAAAAAAAAAAAUACCGGGACAAGUGAACACAUUGAACAAAAGUGUGUUGGUGGAGAUGAAAAACGAGUGACGGGGGUCCGGGUGGUGUUUGGGGGGGUGGCGGGGGGGGGCCUGGGUCCCCCCCGCACAAGUCUCUAUUAAGGACAAUCUGUGUCUUUUUUUGCUAUUCUUGUGAUGUUUUCAGAGCCCCUGUGGGUCUCUUGCAUGUUCCACGGUCGUGUUUUGUGGUUUUUCUUUCUGAAUGCUUGCUUACAGAGAGGAAAGGGACCCUCCCCACCUGGCCACACUUCUCCCAGCCCCACGUCGGAGUGGGGAGGAUGACAAAGGCAAGGAGUGGGGGGGGGAGAAACACACAUGAAUUUAUUUUGUCUGAGCUGUAGCGCAUUCAACCACCACCUCCUCCCCGUGCCCCCCUGACGGGGGCCUUUCUCUUUCCUGUAUAUGCAAUAACAAGGUUUUAAAAAAAAAUAAUAAAGAAGUGAGACUAUUAGACAAAGUAUUUAUGUAAUUAUUUGAUAACGUUUGUAAAUAGGUGGAAUAUGAAUGCUCGGAAAUAGAACUUUAAUUUAUUGACAUUGUACAUAGCUGUAUGUAAAUAGGAUUGCAGCGUUGGGUGAGGGGGGGGCUUUUGUGGUUUACCUUGAGGUCACCCAACCCCCCCCCCAUCGCUUUUAAAACUAGAAAAACACACUUUCUGCACCAACACAGUACAUAGGCGAAAGAAGGAAAGAAAACGCAGGGCACACAUUUCAAAAAAAAGUUUAUCUUUUUCUCUUUUUAGUAUCCAAGAGUUGGAAAGUGUUUUAGUGCUUGUCUUAAUCUAAGCCCACCGCCCUCUGAUUCCUGAAACUCAGCCCCCACCCAGACUGGUUCUAAGAAGGCUUUGAAGGUUGGAGGGGGGAAGCUUAUGCAUUGAGGCUGUGGAUUGACUUUCGAAUUUUUCUUUUGUAUUUGCUAGUCUCUGAUUUCUUCAAAACGAAGUGGAAUUUACUACUGUCUUCUUCGAUGUUGAUGGUGUUUUGAAUUGGUGCCUAUAGAGAUUCACAGUUCAAAAAGUCAGGUGCUGAGAGAUGUUUAAGACAAAAAAAAAAGUAUGAAGGUAUAUUUUGUGUUAUAAUUGUUGAGUUAUUUGGCUUCCUGUAUCCCUCCCGCCCCUUGAAAACAUCGUUGAAAUUUCAAUAAAUUUUUAUUGAAAUGUC